AUGAUUGACACCAAAGAUCCAAUGAAUAGUCAGCAAGAGCUGUUCUCAGUGCUGAAAGCGUAUUCGGUGCUGAACCCGAAGGUGGGAUACUUCCAGGCGCAGGCGCCGGUGGCGGCCUUCCUGCUGAUGCACAUGCCGGCUGUCCAGGCCUUCUGGUGCCUCGUCAGCAUCAGCGAUAAGUACCUGAGCGGGUACUAUAACCCAGGGCUCGAGGUGCUCCAACGCGACGGUGACAUCCUCCACGCGUUGCUCCGACGCACAGCGCCCGCAGUCCACCGCCACCUGACCAAGCACAAAGUGGAGCCAGUGCUGUACGCGACCGAGUGGUUCCUGUGCGCGCUCACCAGGACGCUGCCCUGGGACAGCCUGCUGAGGGUCUGGGAUUGCUUCCUGUGUGAAGGGGUCAAGGUGCUGUUCAAAGCCGCACUAGUGAUCCUGGCUGGUGCGUUAGGCCCGGCCAAAGUCCGCAAGCGGGCCCACGGCCUCUGCGAGAGCCUCGAGGUGCUUCGCCACCCGCCCGAGGCAGUCCUGGCUGAAGAAUACCUGAUGUACCACAUGCAGCGCCUCAACCUCACUGAGGAAGACUUCGAGUUUGAGCACCAGCGCCAGACCGCGCGCCGCAGAGCACUACCCAGUAGAAGGUAA